AUGGUUCAGAAGCUCAAUGUACAGUAUUACAACACAUUAUGUCAGAGCCCAAUGCAACUGGACCGUCUGAUAAUGUCGCGCCUACACACCGAGAUGAAUGCCAUUCACUCUCUGAUGAACGAAAUUGUCGGCCAGUACAACCGACAGCCCACGACCGAGUGGGAGGGGCAGUACCGGUGGCAUCAGCGACACUACGUCACACUACUACGACUCUUUCAGCAGUACCUUCAGAGUGGCAUGCAGCAGACACAUUCACAGUCAUCAUCGUCAUCUUUAUCAUCAUCAUCAUCGUUUGGCCAUGGCCAUGGCACUGGCACUGAGCAUCCAUCGCCCAACACAUCAUAUAUCACCGCAAGCUCCAUCUCUCCAUUUGUAGGUCUGUUGGCAUCUUCAUCAAUCAAUGCACAGCUGCCGGCAGCUGGUGUGGCGGCAGCGUCAUCCAUCGAUCCCCUAUUCAAGGGUAGCACCAACAACAACAGUGGCAGCAGCACUAGUAGUAGUAGUAGCAGUAGUAGCAGUAGCAAGAAGAAGAAGAAGACAUCACAUGCUGCGCAGGACAAGUCGAAGGAGAGUAAAUCAAAGGUGGACAAGAAGGAGCGUGAGAAGAAGGAGAAGAAAGAGAAGAAGGACAAGUCAAAGGAGUCAAAGGGGACACCAGACAAGAAGGACAAGGAUAAGGAUAAGGACAAGGAGAAGGAGAAAGGGAAAGAGAAGAAGGAGAAGGAGAAGAAAGAGAAAAAAGAGAAGAAGGAGAAAAAGGAGAAGAAGGAGAAGAAGGCUGACACUUCAAAGAUUGCUGCGUCGACGCAGCCAGCCCCAACAACAAGUAGCAGCUCCACUACACAGACACAAACACAAACACAAACACAGACAACACAGACACAGACAAGACUGACAACCAGUGACUUGCUCGAGGGUCAGGCCAAGCCAACCCUCGAGCAGUAUCUGGCAGGUCGCAACCUUACCGAUGCAACAUCCUCCACGUCGUUGACAAUCGAUCAGUCCACAUGGAAGGAUGAGAAGGGCGGCCUGUCCGCGACGGACAAAGUAUCAGUAUUUCUCAAAGAGCUAGGUGCCUGCUCAUCCUGGGCAACCAUUCGCGAAUACCUCCUCGUGCUCGAUGGCAAGAUCAGCAAUUCAUGCAAGAAGAAGCUUCUCGAGGAAGGAGGUAUCAAUCGACUACAUACAUGUUUGAAGUAUGCCAAUGAGACUGUCACAAUCCCACGUGACAUCAUCUUGAUAUUGAAGUCUCUUCAAGGCUUGCCAGCAACAUUGACACAUCUUCAGGGUGGAGGAACAAUUGGAAAGACUGUUCGUGGAUUCAAGACACAUGUCAAUGCAAAUGUGAAGGACUUGGCUAGCGAGCUGGAGAGGUCGUGGCUGGGCUUGGUCAAGAAGGACUCAAAGCAGAAGCCUUCGACAUCGGAUGAGGAGAACACAAAGAAGAGGUCACGUGACACUUCAUCGACAAACACCAACAGCAGUAACUCAAACACCACUCCCACCAAGUCCACAUCAUCAAAGGAUGGAGUCAUUGAAGAUGUAUAUCUGAGCAAGAUAUCAAAAAAGACAAAGGUCACGAACAGUUCAUCAAAGACGACGCCCACCAAGUCUACACCACCUGCAUCCUCUCCCCCAUUGACAUCAAAGCAGAAUGCCUUGGCAUCCAAUUCGAAGCAGCACUCUGCCAGUGUAUCAAUCUUGGACAUGACGACUGGCCUCGAUCGACCUGUGCUCAACCUGGACUCAUCGCCAUCAAAGACCAAUGGACGACACACAAAGCUGCUCAAGUCGCCAAGGAGUCGGCCCAUGGUGCCCUGGCACCAACCUGCCAUCCUGGACAAGGACGACCUUGGCUACCUGUUUCGGCCGGGUCUGGAGAGCACUGAAGCGAGGACACAGGUGGAUAGGGAACAACAGGUAAUUCGUGCGACAUACGCAACGACCAGCAUGAUCCCCGACACACCAAUGGAGCCUGACAUCAUUGAGGAGUACGACGAGUCAAAGGUACCCGAGUACUUUGACGACAAGAAUGUCAAUGGCAGUGACACUGUCAUCAGUGGCGGCGGCACCAAUGGUGGUGGCGGCGGCGGUGGCGGUGGUGUUGUGUCCAACAUCGAUGAGCUCAUCUCCUCCAUGCCUGGAUUCGCUGGUGUGGUCAUCAACAACAACUUCCCAUUGCCAAUGCAGCAGCAACAACAGCAUAUCCAAUUACAACAACAACAACAACAACAGCUACUACAUCAACAGCAUCAAAUGCAACAACAACAACCAUACAACAACAACUUUGAUAACAACAUGGCAUAUGGCGGAGGAGGCUACAACAAUGGCAGUCCAAUGGUUGGCUAUGGAAUGAUGGUUAACCAAUUCAAUAACUAUGGUUAUAACUAG